GUGAUAAUUUUAUGGCCUGAAGCUUUCUGAAUUAUGUCUGGCAUAUAUGAUCAACUCAUAUAUAUAUAUAUAAAUAUAUAUAUAUAAAUACAGGUAACAAUCAUUUCAUUUAAAUGCAUGAAGGUAUUCCUGCAAGUAGUUCUAUUGUCCACUCCCGCUAUAAGCCUUAAGACCCUUUUUUGCAUCACAAAUACUCUGUUUGCUUCAUGACUGCCUCAUCAUGUUGCUAUACCAUAACGAAUAGUUGACUGAAAAUAGUACUAGUAUAUCAGUAAUACGAACUAUCAACACUGUCCUCGUCAGUUCGUUAUACAGUAUGAUAUCAGUGCCAGUUUUCUUCAUAAGCUGUCUGUGUGAGUCGUCCAUUUACAAUUAUGUGGGAGGUAUAAACCUAAAAACUUUGUGGAUAUGCAUUGCUUUAUGAAACCAUUAACAGCCCUGAGCAGGAUACUGUGAUCGUUAUUACGAUUGUAGGAAAAGAGGAGAAAUAGGAACUUAUCGUUACUGAGCACUAAACCGGUGGUGGAGAACUACUGAUCCACGAGUUUGAUGGUACUGCUGUAGAUUUCUGAUGUCAGACGAGUGGACAAGAAUCGUAGUGUUGUCGACAUAUUUGUCGCAUUCGAAGUCAUUGACAAAUAUGAUGUAUAAGAGGGCCCGAGGAUAGAACCUUGAGAUACUCCAAUUAUGCUGCUAAGCGUUUGGGAUAUGACUUCAUCUAUUUCUACGUAAUGAGACCUGUUAGGUACAUAGCUCUGCAGCCAUUUUAAUGGUUAUCCCCUAAUACCUACAUGUUAGAAGUCAACCAAGAAUUUACAUAUUGCCUCAUAUGCAAAAUAAGCUAUUGAAGGAACAGUAGAUGACGGACAUCGCCUCUAAUCCUAGAAAGAGUUGUGUUACCUGUCCCCGACCUACCUAAAAGGUCGAUUGCUGCGCUGCUUGUUUCAUCCAUGCGUUGAUUCGUUGGCCUGAUAGACAGUGAUGGGCGUUUACGCGUAUACAUUAAUUGUUUACGUCUCGAUGUAUACAAUGCGUAUACAAAGAAUACAAUGUGUACAUUGCGUAUACAAUGAAUACAAUGUAUACAAUGAUGAAGACAUAGUAUUUAAUAGCAUAAGUGAGGUUACGUUUAUUCGCAAACGUCAGAAAGUUAGUAAACAGUGCACCGACAACUUAAAAAAAAUAUGGUUGGACGCUUCAAGAAGAAAGAAAUCGAUGAACUAGGAUUCAUUUGUUGUUCUGAAUUUAUUUAAAACUGUAUACGUAUAUAAAUAAACAUUAUAUAUUUUUUCAUUAUUUAAUAAAAUUUGUAUAUAUCCUGAACUUUCAGUUCAACCUAACAUCGCAGAACCAUUAAGACCCAUCGACAGACAUGUGUAUUUGAGCGUAGAAAACAAGGCGUUGCAGCAAGUUACAGUUGUGUUCUGCGGCCUUCGUCACUGUUGUGCCAGGCAACGUGGUAUGUGGCGCACUUUCUAGACAAGUGGUGCCCGCUUGGUCCCCUCUCUCUUCCUCGUACACAUGGAAAUCUCAAAGGGAAAGGGACGUUCGCCAGCACUAUAUGCAAGUAGUUGGAGUAUGAUUUGCUAUUGUAUACAUUUUAUAUAUUGUAUACGUGAAUAGCGAGACGUAUAUAUUCACCAUUGUAUACGCGUAUACAUGGUGUAUACAAUGCGCCCAUCACUGCUGAUAGAUAAUAAGAACCUAGAUAUCAUCUUAUUCCCAGAGUCAACCCUAGGGGCUCAACCAACAGCUGUACCACUUCCCUACACACAUUUGCUCUGCAAUUCGACAACACCACAAUACAAAGAGUACCUAAAACAGCUAUCAUGUGCAGCGCUGGAGAAGAAAACUACUUUGGUGGUCAACCUGCUUGAGGUGGUUGAUUGCAAGAAUCCUCCGCCUGACGAGCAUUGCACCAGACAGGGACGCAAGCUCGAGUCUGUCUAUCACAACACCGAUGUUGUUUUUGAUCACAACGGAUAUGUCGCAGCAAGGUAUAGAAAAUGGAAUCUCUUUGGCGAAAGCUCUAAGAGCAUAACACGGUCUCCUGAAGUUGUUACGUUCAAAACGAAGAGUAAUGAUACAUUUGGUAUAAUUACUUGUUUCGACAUUUUGUUCGAUGUCCCUACUUUGAAUCUCACCAAGGAUCUACACGUGAAGAAUGUUGUUUUUCCAAAUCAUUGGUUUUCUGAGCUACCAUACUUAACAGCUUUGCAGACGCAGCACAUGUGGGCUCAAGAGAAUGACGUCGUGCUGUUAACUGCCGGAGCAAAUACACCUCAUGUCGGAAGCGGCGGUACUGGAAUCUUUUUAGGUCACAAGGGAGCUCUAGAUCAAGUAAUAGUGCCAAGUCCAGGUGGGACUAAGUUACUAUUACACAAAGUCCCGCGCAUGACUAGUUCACAAGAACCUGCCAUAGACAAUGUCGCGUCAGACGAAGAUAUUGAUGCGUUGGCUGCAAAAAUGGAUGAUUUCAAAUUGAUUAUCGAUCCUACAGUAUAUGAACAAAACACCGUUCAGCUGAACACCAACAAAACGACUGUAGUAGAAGAGAUAUGCCAUGGGAAGUCGGCAAAAACAUGUUGCAGAUUCACAGUAAACUUAACAACGAACAAUACAGUGAUCACACCUGGAAAGCAAGCCUAUACCUACCACAUGGGGGUGUUCAAUGGAGUAAGAUCAUUCUCUGGAACAAGAGAUGGAGGCAUCGAAGCCUGUGCUAUAAUGGCCUGUCGUAACAAUAAUUCUAAUUCAUGUGGCCAAAGAUUCUCCAAUUAUUCAGACAUUGUCUGGCCAAUAACAUUCAACAGUAUUGAGGUUGUAGGCAACUUCACCAACGGUGAACGAAAAAUCCAGUAUCCCAACUCUCUGCUAACAUCAUUACAAUCCAUUUCUCCAGAGAAGACUUUCUGGAAGAAAGAAAUUAAAGGAGACACGGUACUUAGGACACACGCCUUGAUGAAACCUCAGAGCCGAAUUCUAACUUUCGGGAUUUUCGGACGGGAUUUCAGUAGAGAUGGGCCACCGCUUAGCUACUCGAGUGCUAGUUUGAACAGAGUAGGAUUAUCAAUCGCUAUUGUCUUGAUCUCAGUUGUAAAAGUAUUCUAAAUAGUAUAUGGUAUUGUAUGGUAUGCAUGUACCAUAUUUUGUGUACAACGGUUUUGCUUAGUUCUGUUUGAGUAAUGAUAAUAAAGAUAUGAAUGAAAUGAA